AUGAAAAAACUUGGACGUGUAAUUCCUUCUUCAAUGCUUCCGAUGAAACCUAAGAAAGCCUUGAUUGUACGGUUUUGUGUUGGAGAGAAUUCUCCAGUUAGAAAGUUUAAUAAUUUCUCUUUAAAUGAUGAAAAUGUUUUCAAAUUUUUGGAAUCUUUUUCAUUUGUAAAGGAUGAAUUAAUUCCGAAAUUAAUUGAAAAAUAUCAUUUACAAAGUGGAAUUUUUCAACUUUAUGCACAAAAUGAAACAAUUGAGGAAAGGAAUUUUAAAACGUUUGAAUUUAUUGAGGAGAGAAUUAAAAUGAUGACUUCUAAUGAAAAUACAAAUGAUCCUUAUUUUGGAGGACCCUUAUUCUUACUGGAUGUGGAUUUGAGCUCACCACUGCAGAAACUCUCACUUUUACCUUUAUUUGAUGUACAGAAGGCACAACAAGGAAUAUUAGAAACAAAAUACACUGAAAUAGCAAAAUCGAGGCCUCUCACAAUAGGUUUUUCAGACACAACAUCUGUCAGUCUUGCUCAUCGAGGAAUUUCUAAAUCUAGUGCUCUUUUUCGUGCAUGUAGCAUUAAAAACAAGAAACCUGAACAAACUCUCGUGUUAGAUGCAACCACUGGCCUGGGGAAAGAUAGCUGCAUACUGUCACUAUUAGGAUUUAAUGUCAUUUGUUGUGAGCGCCAUCCUCUGAUUUCAAUCAUGUUGAAAGCUGCUCUUCAAAGAGCUCGAGAAAAUGGAAAAUUUGUGAACAUGAAAUAUUUGUUUGAAGAGACUGACUCUCGAACUCUUACUGUACACUCUUUCACUAAUUUAAAUCUGGAAUUACCAGAUGUCAUUUACCUUGAUCCCAUGUUCACUCAUGUGGGGUCAGCACUCCCAAAAUAUGAAUUGCAAGUAUUGAGAACUGUAAUGUCAUUUCUUCAUUUCGAUGAAUCAUUUGAAACGAACACCAAUUAUCGGGAAACUAAAUCUCCUUUCGAAGCUUCCUUGGUAAAUUGGGCAUUAAAUCUUGGAGUUAAAAGAGUGGUGAUGAAAAGACCCAAAAAAUCUCCCAUCGUUCAACCUGACAAUUUGGCGUUCAGCUACUCCGAUGGAGGAGAUAUCUUCUAUGAUUUAUUUCAACAUUUCUGA